UGUCUGUGGCAAGGACUUUCAUUUUCAGGCGGGGUAGGUUGCCCACCAACAACACAAGGAAACGGGAAAAUAGAAUAAGAAUCGGCAGCACAAUCGCCAGCCAUCCUUUGAAGCAACGCAAUUUUCCGGAAAUAAAUCGCCAUUAUUGAGCACAAGAAAUACUAACAAGUAAAAUUGUAAAAGAAGGCACAGCAAGAGGCGCAUAGAAACAUUUCCAUACUCGAUGACAUUACAUCGCAAUGUCCGAUCGUUUGGGGCAAAUAACCAAGUCCAAGGAUGGGAAAAGCAAGUAUUCCUCACUCAGCCUAUUUGAUAAGUACAAGGGAAAGUCUAUAGAAACUCAGAAAACCGCAGCAGUUCCGCGACAUGGCUUACAGAGUCUUGGCAAAGUGGCCGCAGCCCGGCGCAUGCCCCCACCCGCUCACCUGCCGAGCCUGAAGUCAGAGAACAAAGGAAACGACCCCAACGUGAUUAUCGUGCCCAAAGACGGAACAGGAUGGGCAAACAAGCAGGAACAACCCGAUCAAAAGAGUUCCAUUGCAUCAACAGCACAGCUGCCGGAGUUGCAGCCGCAGCUGGCUUUACAGAAAUCUGUCUCCAAUCUCCAGAAGACCACACCGGUAGCCAGUCAGGAGAGCACAAACACAGGUGGACCAAAGCAAUGGGCCCAUCUAAAUGGAAAGGCCGUAGAACUAGAUGGUUUAAGGGCCUCAAACCGACUGCAGCCCUUCUCUCACGAGGAAUUUCCAACGCUGAAGGCUGCUGGGGAACAGGACAAGGCUGGCAAGGAAAGAAGCGCCUUCGAUCUGUCGUAUGGGCCCGGACCAAGCCUCCGCCCCCAGAAUGUGACGAGUUGGAGGGAGGGUGGUGGGAGGAACCUUGUGCCCUCAUCCCUGCCGGCCGGCCUACCCUCCGAGACCGAGGGCAAGGCCAGCAGCGUGGCUGAGACUGGGAGCUCCCCCCCUCCUCUUCCCCCCUCUGCCGCCUCCUCUAUCCUCUCUGCCCCCAUGGUCAGUCCCACCACUGCCACCAUUGUCAGCGCCCCUCCAGCCCCGGAGCCCAAGGAGAUCUCCCUGCGCCCCGCCCAGCCCCUCCGCAGGCCCGUCCCCCCUGCCCUGAACCAGCUCCACCACCCUACCACCAGCACCACCUACCACGACAUGCUACCUGCCUUUAUGUGCCCCAAAGAGACUUGUAAUGCUCCCGGCACUGCUGAACACACUGGCCCUGUCACUGUGGUCGCCCCAGUCCGCUUUGACAACAGGCCCACCUUCAGGCAGCCCUACCCCAACAACAACCAAGAGCCUGUCAACGGCGAGGUGGGGAGAGGAGAAAACCGCUUCAUCCGCGGGCCCCCGCGCAACCCCUCCUCCCGACCCAUCCGUCGACCCGGCGACAGACCCCCUCGUCCGGCCAUCAUCAACCCAGAGGACUUGAAGGAUCUGGAUGAGCUGGACAACGACUGUGAAGACGGCUGGGCAGGUAUCCAUGAAGAAGUCGAUUACGGCGAGAAACUCAAGUUCAGUGAUGAUGAGGAGGAGCACGCCGCUGGUGAAAAGAACAAGAUGUGGGCUGAAUGGGAGAACCAACGUCGCGAGCGCCAGUUGUCCCUGAGCUCAGGAGAGGGGCCAUACCCCCAGGAUGGCCCUGAGGAGGAGGCCUACCAGGAGCAGAUGGCCCACAGGAACACCAAUGGCAGGUUCCCCUCUGGAGAAGCACAGGCCCAGCAGAAGAGCUCCGGGUCGGGCAUGGCCCAACAGGGCGAGCCCCUGGAAGACCAGGAGGAGCGCCAGACCCAGGGCCCAGCCCGGGCCAAGUUUGUGUCACCUGAGCUCUCGGAGGCUGUGGAGAGAGCUCGCCGGCGCAGGGAGGAGGAGGAGAGACGUGCCCGCGAGGAAAGACUGGCCGCAUGCGCCGAGAAGCUCAAGAGGCUAGACGAGAAGUUUGGGAAGACUGAGAGGCAGUUGUCGAGGUCUGAGGAGGAAGCAAAGGACGAGGAGAACAAGGAGGCAGCGCUGUCCCCUGGAAGAGAGAGCAAAAACCACCCAGAGAGCUGGCAGUACGGCAUGAAAGACGCUGAGUGUCCCUUGGAGCACUCCCCUGGACAGCAGGACUACAGGGACGAGGGCACCUCGGGCUUCGCCUCCUACCGCAGCGAGGACGAUGCCGGGGCCGAACCAAACUCUCCCCUACCCGACUACGCCCACCACCAGGCCCCCAAGCCCCUCCCGCCCCGCUUCCAAAAGCAGCACCAGCAGCAGGAGCAAGUGUAUAAGAUGCAGCACUGGCAGCAGCAGUCUGGCCACCCUGCCCCCUCCGGCUCCAGCCACCCCCAGAGGGGCUACUACCCCCCACACGUGCUGGGCUUCGACCCCCGCUGGAUGAUGAUGCCCCCCUUCAUGGACCCCCGCAUGGCCCAGGGCCGCGCCCCUGUGGACUACUACCCUAACACUGUCCACUCUUCAGGAAUUAUGAAACCGCUGAUGCAGCCAGACCACCUGAACAGCCCAGGGUCCGCCUCUGACGAGGGCUGCCAUCCCAGCAUGCAUCAGGAAAGGAGGGCCCCCUCCACCGAGCCCUACCCUGUGUGGAACCAAGAUGGCUACCCCCCUCGCAGUUUCACCCCACCCUACCAGAGACUGCACGAGAGCUCAAACAGGAGCCAGCCAGAUGACCGGAUUGACAGGACCUGCUCCCAGCAGGACUCGUACGAAGAGAGGGGAAACGAGUGCCUAGACAACCCCUCUGACGACCUCUCCCAUCCGGCCUACCACCAGAGCAGAGGCCCUGACAGGGACCACCACUCGCACAACCAAGGCCUGCUCUCCACAGCCCCGAGCCGGCCCCAGCAGCAGCACGCAGACAGCGACUACCCCAAACAGGAGCCCAGAGACGGGCACCUGAAGGACAGCACUGACCCCCACGACGAUAUCUUUGACACCUCCAAGGAAAAGGGCUUUGACUCAGACUUCUGGAGGCGAGAUGGAGGCCAGAAGAAGGAAGGUGGUGUUGGUGUUCAGAACCAGUGGUCUGAUCCUGUCUCCACCUCCUCCGCCAGCAUUGUAAGCCAGCCGUCUGAGACCGGCGGUAGGACCCUGACCCGCAGGACCGGCCCCAUUAAAAAGCCUGUGCUCAAGGCCCUCAAAGUGGAAGACAAGGAGAACGAGAAGCCCAAAGUGGAGCCUGAGGAGAAGGUAGUCCCUUACCGCCUGGAGAAGGAGGUGCUCACCAACGUAUAUGACCUGAAGAAAGACAACCAGCCCCUAGUAAGUAACAGACGCUCGGCCUCGCCUGCUAUCGAGAAGCAGCCAGAAGAGAAGCAACACCAACCACAAGCACCUGCUAAAGUAGAGCGGCCAUCCAGUCCCCAUAGUGAGGAUUUGCCCAAGGAGAGCAGCUGGGACAGCGGGAAGAGCCAGUCCUCUAGAGAUGACCAGGAGAGCAGGGAGCCUGCCGCACCACGACGCAACAACUGGAUCUUCAUCGAUGAGGAGCAGGCCUUUGCCGGAGCCAGGGGAACGGGUAGAGGUCGAAGCCGUGGAGGCUUCAGGGAGUUCAGCUCCAGAGGAGACCGCGGUGGCCGGGGAGGCCGGGGCGGAGAGAACCCCAGAGGAGGCUACAACAAUAACAAUAGCAGGGACGCCGUUGGAGCUCAGAGACCAGGCAGAGGACUGCCCAGGGACUUUAAGGUGGAGGACCUGCAGCGGGGGAAGCCGAGGAGGCGCAACGUCAGCGAGACUCUGAGCGAGACCUCAGAGUACGAGGAGCUGCCCAAGCGGCGGCGCCAGAAGGGCUCUGAAAACGGAGAGGGUGGCAGCUACCCAGAGCAGGGAGAGAUCAGGAUUGCCGACAGAGACUCGUGGAGGUCGAACAAGGUGUACACGGAAGACCAGGCGGCUAGCGACACCCGAGACAAAGCCAAGGCCAGCAGCAGGGGGUUCGGAGGCGGUGGCCGCUCGCUGCCUCCCAGACUCGACGCUGGCAGGGGCUACAACACCGGCCGGGGGUUCAACAACAGCUCCAGAGACACCUCCACCUGGAGGGGCCGGGGGACCCAGUUCGGCAACGGCGGGGGGCUCAUGCAGGAGAACGGCUAUGGCCCGGGCACCGAGACCUUCUCCAGGAGACCACCACCACCUGCGGAGCGCGAGCCUCUCAAAUACACCCCCAAGUUUACCGGCUCUACCGGUUCCUUCAUGGAGAAUGGCACAGAGGACCGGUGCGUGGAGGGUGAGUACUACAUAGACAACGACAACCCUGGACAACAGCCGUUGAGAAGACGGCGGCCGCCACGCCAGGACAAACCCCCGCGCUUCCGCCGAUUACGUCAAGAGAGGGAGCCCGGCAGUGGCCAGUGGACCAGCGACGAGUACAUCAAUGGAUCGGACGGAUUCGCCAACCCCUGGCCGGGCCGCUCAAAGGAGGGAGGUAGAGAGGACGGCUGGCCCAGUGGCCACUACUCCGGAGGGGGAGGUAGGUCCGGUGGUCAGCACGGCCAGGCUGAGGACUGGGAGACUGGCUCGGAGAACAGCGACUUCAACGACUGGAGGGAGAAGCGAGGUGGAGGGCAGCAGCAGCAAGCCCAUGGGGGAGAUGUGCACUCAGACUCUGGCCACGGGGAGCUUGGCUCUGUGGAGAAGAGGGAGCUGGCCAAGAGGAGCUUCUCCAGCCAGCGCCCCCUGGUGGACCGGCAGAACAGGAAGGGAGAGCCGGCCCUACUGGAAGGGAACAAGAUGACACGUUCCUCAGAGAACCCCAACGCACCGCCCUCCUGCAACAGGAACGACGGCUGGCAGAACGGAGGGGCCUCCAACCAUAGGAGGAACAAAGAGGAGUCAGGCCUAGUCUACUGUGUCGAGCAGUCUGAGGAGGGACACCAGCCCAACGAACCCUCAGGGAAGAAGCUGGACAAGGAGCUGAAGACUCGGUCUGUGAAGGGAGACCUGGCCGAACCAUUGUCUCUGUACGACCUCAACAGCUACCACAUUGAGGGGGAUGCUGGGGGUUCCAGUCCAGACGGGUUCCAGGACCUGUCCAAGAAACAGCAGCGUCGUCUUCCACAGGAAGACGACAGGAGGAGGAAGGAACAUGGAGCUCCGGUGCCAUUGAAGAACAGACCGAUCACCUCCAAGAUGCCCCCACGGUUUGCCAAGAAGCAGGGAGGCAUGACCAUGGAUCAGGCAGAGGAGGGCCUCUCUGCCAACAACCUGGGCACUGAGAUUUGGGAGACCAACAGCUCAGCUCUGUCAGUCCAGUCAUCUGGAGGAGACUCGUGGACCAAGCAGGUGUCCUAUACAGGCAGCGAGCCUAACUCUGAGGACUCUGAUGCUGGGCCUGAGCAGAGCAAGGAGCAGCACAAGCCCGGCCCCAUCGGCAACGAGCGCUCGCUCAAGCACCGCAAAGGCUCGGAGGGUCUGGAGGGCGGGCCCAUUACGCCCGUCAACGGCGUGAAUCUCCACGUGGACACAGUGCUGCCCGUGCCGCCCAUAGAGUUUGGCGUCAGCGCCAAGGACUCUGACUUCAGCCUACCGGCCAGGUCCACCCCAGUGCCUGUGUCCAACCCCGUCACCAAGCUGCAGGACGCCCUUGCCAGCAACCCGGCCCUGACCCAGGCCAUCCCCAUGCUGUGUAGAGACCACCUGCAGCCUGGCAUCAACCUCAACCCCAUCUCUUUCCCCAGCGCUGACCUCACACUCAAGAUGGAGUCGGCCCGUAAGGCGUGGGAGAACUCCCAGUCUCUCCCUGAGCAGGGCUCUCCUGUUGGGGGUGCUGUUGGUGCCCAGCCCCCCUGCAGCGUGGGCUCCUCCAGUGGGGUCAGCUACAGCUCCUUCGGAGGGGUGUCCAUGCCCCCCAUGCCUGUGGCCUCCGUGGCGCCUUCCAUGUCCAUGCAGGGUAACCAUAUCCCCCCGCUGUAUCUGGACGGCCAUGUCUUUCCCAGCCAGCCUCGUCUGGUGCCCCCAACCAUGACCCAGCAGCAGAGCUACCAACAGGCGGCUGCCCAGCAGAUCCCCAUCUCCCUGCACACCUCUCUGCAGGCCCAGGCCCAGCUUGGUCUCCGGGGGGGCCUGCCUGUCUCACAGUCCCAGGAGAUGUUCAACUCCAUCCCCCCCUUCAGGUCCCAGGUGUACAUGCACCCCAAUCUGUCCCAGCCCAGCCCCAUGGUGCUGUCAGGUGGUGGCCCCCUCAAGGGGCCCUACUCGGCCUUCCCAGGCAUGCAGCCGUCGGAUAUGGUCAAGCCCCAGUCGGGCUCCCACUACCAGCCAAUGAAUGGUAGCCAGGCCAUGGUCUACGAUGGCCAGAUGAACCAGGGCCCUGGCAUGGGCUCCUCCCAGCUCAUGGACUCCCAGCUCAUCCAGGUGACCAUGCCCUUGCCGGGCUCCCAGCUGCGUUAUGGCUCUGCCCAGCAGCACCUCAUCCUGCCCCAGUCCAUCCAGCUCCAGCAGGGCCAGAACCUCUCCGUGGGAGCCGCCCGCAGGAUGCUCCCCCCUGGCUCCCAGCCCCCCGUCAUGACCGGCAGCAGAGAGAAUUUCCCAAUGUCUACUGGCCCGUAUACUACUUACAAGACCUCCCAGAUGGAAAUGAAAGGCUUUCAGUUCCCUGACAAGCCCAAUCACUCCCAGGGCAUGCCCGGAGGAUACAACAGACCAGGGUCUGCCAGCCCCAGUGGGAAGCCGUCUGGCCCCGUGCCUGGACAUUACACCCAGCAGAAGACGACCUCCAUGCAGGCUGUUCAGCAGCGAGGCUGGGCCUGCAGUGGCCCUGGCCUGACCUGUAGUUGCUGCUACAGAGACCCAGCCACCGGCUGGUUUGAGGCCCCGCUGUGCCCCCUCCACGGCAAGGUCCCCCCUCCUCAGGGCAGCAUGGUUAUGCACAUGCGUCCCCCCACCACCGGCCCUUUCCCCACCCCCAUCCAGAGACCUGUCAUGCAGGUCAACAAGACCGUCAUCAUCCGCUCCCCCCCUUACCCCAACUCCGGGCGCGAGCCCCCACACUCCACACCCCCCUUGGCCCCCGAGCCCCCCGUCAAGGGGCCGGAGGAUGGCAUGAAGGUGAGCCACCCACUGUAAAUACAGCCCUGAGGGAUAGGUGUCAGCUGGUGGGUGAGGGGAGAAGGCACUGUCGGGAGGCCUGAUGACCAGCAACCUCCAGGAGCCCCUUCAUGGCUGGCAGGGCAAACCAGCACCAUGCACCGGAGCCAUCAAACCCCAGGCCAUCAAAGUGGAAGAGGGCAAGGCAUAGCAACGGACCUUAAACCUCCUUUUAACCUUCACGAAGCCUGCUUCUGAAAGACACAACCCCCUGCCUCCUCCCUCGGCCCACCUCUCAGCCUUCUAUCACGAACUCCCAGAACCGGACACCAACUUUCAGAACCGGACACUAUUAUUAUUAUUAUUAUUAUUAUUAUUAAACACCACAUAUAGAGAUAUAAAUAUAUAUAAAUAUAUACAUAGACACAAUAGUUUGGGACACUCUUCUAAGCAGACUCUUCAAUGUCCUCUUUAUUUAUUAACGUUCAUGUCCUUUUUGAGAGAAGAAUAAUGGUAACAAAAAAAAAUAUUUAAAAAAAUCACGUUUUCUGUGUUGCUCGCCAGUUACUCGCCAUCAAAGUCCGAAAAAGGAAACGGCCAUCUCCUGCAGGUAGUUCACUUUCGUAGUUCACCCCUUUUUUGACAAACUGAACUUACCUUUUUGGACUGUAGCCUUGUAGAUGAGGCAGGCACUUGACAUGUCACUAAAAGAAAGCAAAUCUGUAUGCGUUGAAAAAAAAAUAAUUGCAGAGCGGCACAUUUUGUUUUUUUCCCCCCAACUUUCACAUUUUUCGCCGGUAACCGUGGAGUUUUAAUAUUUUUUUUUGUCACCAUUGCCUAUUUGCUCUAUUAAAGGACUCCUUUUAUUCAAUAAAAAAAUUCCUUCAAACCCAGAUUUGAGGACAUUGUGUGUAGACGUGGAAAGGCGUGACCCGGGGUGUGUCGCCCUCCCAGGGUACUUCACACAGCUCGUGAACUGUGACAAAACUGCUUAGAUUGUUAGAAAAUGUUUCCGUUAUUUUUAAAAGGCCGUUUUUUGCUUUUAUGUCGCUCUCUGGCCUUUAUGGAUUUCCUAUUUUAGAGAAAUCAUGUUGCCUCAUUUGAAGCUUCCCUGGCAUUGAUGCAGUGUGUGCAUGUGAUGUACUGAACGUGUGUUAACUGCAGGGCCUGAUCCAGGACCCUGUCACAAAAUUUCAAAAGGCUCUGAAGUCAGUGGACAUGUGCCGCCGCAGUGUGUGUGUGGUUUUGAUCAACCAUGCUGGCAAAAAAUGUGGGGUUAUUCUUUAGUGUUGGGGCGUGAGGGCGGGCUUCAUUGACUUACUGUACGAUCCCAAUAGCUGAUUCAAAUGAUUCUAUCACUAUCCUUUUCAUUGUAAUGCGUUGUUGAAAUCUGAAUUCACAUCUGAUACAUGUCAAGUGAUUUUUAUAUCGCUCUCCUGGAGUGUUUUUGCUUUUGCUCCUAGCGCUAUUAUAAACACAUCUGUAUAAUUUUUUUCAACACAACUCGAUGGAAAGGUCGGCGGGGUUAGUGAAGAAAUGAGUAGGCACACCUCCCUAGUGAACAUUUAGCACCAUGUAAGGUCUCCGGGUAAUAAAUGCAGCUUAACUGUAACUCUCAAUCUCAAUCAGGGUCCAAAUAUGUUACAAUUUGAUGGAGGGGGUUUAGAGUUUAGAGAUGCUUGAUGAAUUUGUAUUAUCUUAGCAGACAUAUUUUUUGUGAACGCUGCAGUUGCUUUGGGCUCUCAGAAGGAAUAUUAAAGCAUUUCUGUUUUGUUAGAAAAAAGUGAACUGUUGGCAUCGCAUCAUGUGUUUUUUUUUUUUUUGGGGGGUCACUCAUUUUGAAAGUCAUAUUUACUAUUACAAUGUCAUAACUGCUUAGAAAUGUUCAUGCUUAUUAUAAUGCUCCAUGACACUACAAAAUGUUCACUCAUCUUUAUGUUGCUGUCUGUACAUGAUGCAUACCUGUUCAAUUAUAUUCAGAGUUGUGGUCAGUCAGGGAGGGUGGGAGUCUAAAAACCAUAUGUUUGAUUUAUAUAUUGUAUCACUAAUAAAAGGAUAAAUGUUUAAAAGGUCACUGAUGUUCUCACAGGGUGGACUGCUUUAACUUGUGAAUUGGCUUAUUGGACGUUGUGAUGGCUUCCCUGCUUUUUGCUGUGACCCUGUCAGUUUUUGGACAGGGACUGGAAGGUGGACACUGAAACCUCUUAUACACACCUGAGAAACUGCAUUUGGUUUCUGCCUGCGCUCGACUUCUAUUACUGUACCUACACCAAGAUAUCACCAUGAUACUUAUUUUUUUUGUACUUUUAAGAUUCAAAUGUCAGUUUUUGUCAGAGGACCAGUGCACUCGAACUGAUCCAACAGUCUAUUUAUCCUUCCUGAUGUUUAUCCUUUCAGAUAUAUGAUCAUAUUCGCCCUUUUCCUUGUUAAGAGCUUAUUGAGAGAAAAUAAAGCGGUUGUGCUUUUUCCAAA